CUUGUACCAACUACAAGGAUCGAGUUGAAACCAGGAAAUCACGGUUGUACAGUGGUUUUUGAAUAAUUGACGGAACUUUAUAAGAAAGUUCAUUUUAAUUUAUCGUUUCUUAGUGAAGCGUACGUGUAAUAGGUUAAACCAUUUACCUCGGUGCAAUUUAUCUGCCCCGUUUUAUAGUGUUUACCUUCGUAGAAAGAUAUCAUUCUUUAUUUCUAUAUUUUAAUUCUUUUGACUCUAUUUCUGCCAGCCUUUUUGUGUGUGUGUGUGUGUGUGCUUUCUUUUUCUUGAAAAGCAGUAAAGAUGGAAGGGAACCAACCUUCAGCUGCGGAGCCUGUCAUAUCCCAAUCUACGAAAGUUGUUUCGGAAUCUCCUUCCUUGAACCAUCAGGAUAAAGUGGUUUCUACGGCUAAAGAGACGAGACCAGUUCCGCAAGUUCCUGGUAAAGAGCCGGGAGAGGUUACAUCAACCGUUAGAGAUGCUGCUCCUACCAACUCUAGUCAGUCUUCAAGUCCUAGCUCUCCUUCCAAUGUGAUGAAGGGAGUACCAGCGGAAUCUAGAGCUCCGCAAGCACUCCCACAUACAAGUUCAUCAGCUACCACUGACCGCAAAGAGCCUGCAGCUCAAAAUCCUGUGAGUACUUCUCCAAAGGUUAAGAAGCCGGAUGAGCCUACCGGACAAUCUGCUCAAAUGCCCGCUAGUCACCCUUUAGAGGCUACGAAUCCCCAAAAGGAAGAACCGGAUGCUCUUAUUGGUUGGAGAUCUUUGCAUAAGACAAGCGUAGAACAAAUGCGUACAUUUGUUCAGGAUGCUUUGUCUGUGUUUGAAUGGGAUAGCGGUCGUGUAGAGCGCUCCGUUUUGGACAUGUAUUUACCUGGUAAAUUAAAUGGUCAAUGGUGGCAAAGCUCACUGAUUUUGGCUUCUAUUUCCGUUCUAAGUUGGUUGGCUUCCAAAUUUUUCUUCUGUCGCUGGCAAAUUCUUAUCAUCAUCAUUUUCCUCAGCACCUUUGUUUAUGGCUCUAAUGCUAUAGCCCUUCGUCGUACGGUUCGUGAUGAAGUCAUCCGUGAGAUGAUGAAGAAUCCCACUAAUGUUGAUUACGAAACUAUGGAUUGGUUUAACGUUAUUUUCCAGCGUCUUUGGAUGUUAAAUGAACCAAUGAUUUCCCGUAUGAUAGUGACUAAUGUUGAGCAAUCCGUCGCUGAAUAUCUUCCAUCCUUCGUCCCAGAAGUUCGCUUUUCUUCUUUCACACUAGGUUCAAAGGCUCCUCGUAUUGAUGGAAUUCGAACCCACCUUGCCACUGAGCCGAAUGUGGUUUUAAUGGACGUUGAUUUUAGCUAUACUCCUAACGAUACUUUGGAUAUUUCUGGUGCUUCUUCUUGCCGUGUAAAUUCAGCCGUUUCUCUUCGUGUGAAGGUUGGUAAAGGAAAGUUUAUGUUUACUCUUCCUGUUUCUACCAAAGAUAUUUUCGUGUCAGGACAAAUUCGUCUUCGCUGCAAGUUGUCUGAGGAGUUCCCAUUUAUAAAGACGGCUUCGGUCUGUCUUUUAAGCACUCCAAAACUUUCCGCUACUGUUCGUCCAUUUGACUUUAGCUUAUUCGAUGCUGAUGUUUUCUACAUACCUGGAUUUAAUCAAUUUUUGCAUGAGCAAAUGACGACGAUCUUGUCUCCUCUAGCUAUGUGGCCAAAUAUGCUUGAUUUGGACCUUUCUUCUCUUAUGGCUGGUAUUGCUCCUUUUGCUCCUGCAGGUGUAAUAGCUAUCAAGGUCUACUCUGCUCGUCGAAACGAAUAUCUUAAGUCUAAGACUACCAAACCUUCUUCUUAUGUUGCAGCUUUAACUAAUGGCUAUGAACAUGGACGUUCUCCUGUUCGGGCUAACACUUACACACCUAUAUUUGAACAUACGAUAUAUGCUGUUGUUUCCUCAUUUAAUGAUCCACUUGAGUUGUCUUUGUUUGAUCCUGAAAGUGCUAGUUUACCUUUCGGUACUACUUACAUUAAUACUCGCUCUCUUGUUGAGAAGGGUUUUAUUAGUGAUAUACAGCCGUUAUUGUUUAAUGCUGUAAAUCAAGGAUCUGUUGCUUAUGAUGCUACCUUUUUCCCUUCUCUUUUCCCAAAAAAGACGUUGGAUGGUAAUUUAAUUGAACCACCUGCUACGCCUAAAGGUAUUUUGCAAUUGUCACUUGGUUGCAUUAACAAUAUUGUCGAGCUUUCCGGUCUUGAAAAGAAAACACAAUUGAUAUAUAGCGUUUCUGUUGAUUCUAAAGAAAUCGGAUCUAAAACGUCGAAAUUUGUUGACCGUGCCCCUAUCAAUUUGUCUGCGACGACUUUUAUUCAAAAUCGUGAAACUCAAAAAAUACAGAUCACUGUUUCUAAGAAAAUAAAAAAGGAGCCUAACCAGCUUAUAGGAAGUAUGGUGAUUCCGCUUAAUAAACUACUUGAGGCUAAUCAAUCAACUUAUCCAUUCAAAGAAAAGCCUUCCUCUAGUAUGGAUAUUUCAUCUUCUUGGAUUCCCGUAAAUGUUACGGAAGAAAAGAACGCUGAAUCAUACCUUAAGGAUCUCAUUGGUGUUAUGCGUAUUAGUACCAUAAAGGCGAACAACUGCGUCAGUAGCGAUUUUGCUUUGAAGAAAAAUGAUCCCUAUGUUAGAGUACUUGUUAACGGUUCAGUUGUUGGAAGAACCGUUCAUGCUUUGAAUAAUACAAACCCUAUUUGGAAUGAAGUUUUGUACGCACCUGUUUUGGCAGAUACCGAUGUAAUUGAACUUGAAGUUAUGGAUCAUGAGGAUUCUGGACACGAUAAGUCCUUAGGGUUUGUUGAAAUUCCAGUUAAAAGCUUCAAAGACGCUUCCAGAAAGACAGAGAAAACUGCAUUGGCUAACCAAAUCUUUGGCACUGAUGACAUUGAGACACUGAAGUUGAUUUCCCGUAAGGGAGGCUCAACGCGUAUAACUCUGACAGUCAACUGUGAUUUCCGUCCUUGUCUAAGGAUUGCUUCGGAUGAUGAACCGACUAGUAAGGGAGAAGGGAACAAGGCUGCUGUCACCGAAUCUGUUAAUGAUAAAGCCGAGACGUCUAGUAUAACCUCGUUAAUCAGUGUUAGUGAAGCCUGCAAGUAUCCCUCUGGUCUUUCUAUGAUGUCGGUUAGGUCGGCUGAACUUCAAGCAGAGGGCGUUGAAUUAAGAAUUUUCACUGAUAACUGCGCCUUCCCAUUCUUGACAACUGGAAUAGCCAGGAGCAAAACACCUCGCUGGUCUGCUUUUGGAUUAUCUAUGAUUAGAGAGCUUGAAUAUUCUGAAACAACAUUUCAGUUGACUGAUGGUUCGUCCAAAGAUCCACACAUUAUUGCUGAACAUACCGAGAAAACGUCUAAACUUAUUAGCGAAUCUUUGGGUCAUGUAUAUGCAGUCGAUAUUCAAGGGCCGAAUGGUAAAAUAAACAGAGUUCGUAUCUCGAUGAAUUAUCUUCCAGUACCUAUGCUAUUGAACCCAGUUGAAAGCUUUAUCAACACAGGAUCAUUGCAUUUUAACUUGUAUAACGGAAAGGAUCUUCCCGUAGGUGACAUUCGAUCCUCGGAUCCUUACGUGGUAUUGAAGAUGAACAAUGAGGAAGUUUACAAGAGUAAGGUCAUUAAGAAAAAUUUGAAUCCUGUUUGGGAUGAAGAAACCGAUGUAAUAAUUCAAAACCGCUUGUUGGAUACGUUUGAUUUAAUUUGCUAUGACUGGGAUCUGGGUGAGGCCGCUGAUGUUUUAGGCAGUCAUCAUAUAGACCUGAAUUCAUUGGAGCCGAAUGUUCAAUCUCAAAGUGAAUUAAACCUUGAAGGUAAACGAGGAAAAAUUAAUGUUGGUUUAAGAUUUGAACCUGGUUGGUAUCGAAGAUCUCCUGAAUUGCAUGGUUCUCUUCCCGAUAAUUUCUUUUCCGUUGCUAAUAAAGGUGCCAAAUUCUUAAUAGGAGGUAUUGGAGCUGCUGGUGGUUUUGCCAUAAAUGGUGUUGGUUCUGCUGGUGAUCUUGCCUUAAACGGUGUUGGUUCUGCUGGUGGUCUUGCCUUAAACGGUGUUGGUGCUGCUGGUGAUUUGGGUGGUAAAGCUGUAUCUGGAUUUACCGAUACAGGAAAGAAUUUAUUUAAGGGUGUUACUGGAAAAGGCCCUAAAUCUGCUCGAAACAAUGAGCAAAUUGAUGCUAUGAGCACCCAAACUGCUUCAUCCGUUGCGCCAAGAUCAUCAUCAGCUGCUACUAUACCUACUACAGCUGGCAAGCAAGAGCUCUCAAAAUUCAGACUCUUUGUUACAAAUGGUAGUGAUUGCCCCCAUAAGCUUGUGAAGGUUGUAAUCACCGAUAAACAAGGUCGUACAUUCAAGACAAGGUCACACAAAGGUCCUUCUCCUAAGUGGAAUGAACAAAUACCGAUUGGAUGGAAUCUUGGUGAUGUACUUCAUGUUUCUUUAAUAUCCUCGAACUUAAUUGGACACAGUAAAUUUGGUGAAGCUACUUUUAGUGAAACUGCUGUAGGUACUUUCAAAGUUCCGUUUGAAGGUUCUACUACUUCUGUGGAGAUGAGAGUGGAAGCUGUAUGAUUUAUAAUUAACAUCUGAAUUUUAUUAAACAACUUUUUGUAGCAUCAACGAUUUGCUAUGUUAUUAUUGCUUACACAGCAUAUUGAUUAUCUAAUUGCUAACAUAGAAUAAAAUGCAACUUCUUAAAGUAGAA